AUGGUAAAACACUUCAAUGGUGACGAGAACUGGCUUAUUGACAUGUGCAAAACCAUACUGACAGAGGAAGAGGUCAACUGCAUCUGUGUGGACUGAAAGAAGGGGGGGGGGCUGACCCUCUGCACACAGGCAGCCAAUAACAUCUGAGUCGUUGGCGCCCAGGUGGCCCACAUGAUUGACGUCUUCCAUGAUGUCUACUGGCAGAAGGCUAGCAUGGUCCACGUUAUCGGCAGUCUUGGAGCACACGCUGCUGGGGAGGUGGGCCGCGGGAUCAGCAGGCUAGGACGCAUCACAGGGCUGGACCCAGCACAGCCCUGCUUCCAGGGCCUCAUUGCCACGGUGCGCCUGGACCCCUCCGAUGCCACAUUUGUAGAUGUCAUUCACACUGACACGCUGCCCUUCAUCCCUUAUGUUGGUAUGGGUCAGACAAGGGCUGUUGGCCACAUUGACUUCUACCCUAACGGAGGAGAGCACAUGCCUGGCUGUGACAAGAACAUUGUCUCUACCAUUAUGGACAUUGACUGCCUUUGGGAAGGCACGUGCAAUGUUGUUGCCUGCAACCAUCUCUGAUCCCACAAGUACUACAAUGACAGACUCGUAAACCCCGAAGGCUUUACAGGAUACAGACAAUAUGCAUGGCCCACUAUGGGUCACUAUGCUGACAAAUUCCCCGUUCCCAGUGGCCAAUCCAAGAUUAAGUUCUACCUGAACACUGGAGAUGCGGUGCCUUUUGCCAAAUCCCUGCCGGGGAUAAUGAACAUAGCGCUGUAUGGAGAGCAUGGCAACACACAUGCCAGUAUCAGGCACACUUCUGAUGUGGGGCAGCAGGUCCUGGUAAAACCCUACGAGCUCUUCAUCCAUGCUGAGACUUACAUUGGCGAGGUGACUCAGGUGAAGUUCCUCUGGAACAACCACAUCAACCUCAUGCUUCCCAAGUUUGGUGCCCACAAGAUUGAGCUGCUGCGAGGGAAGAAUGGGAAAUCUUUUUUGUUCUGUGGAAACGAGAUGGUGCGUGAGAUGGUGCUUCAGACCCUUAAACCAUGCGGACCUGAGUGAAGCACAACAUGACAUCCUGUACUUUUCAAUGAAGUUACAGCAUCUUUAGUUGUUUCUACAGUUGGGUACGGCAGCUGCAGUGAAAUACAUCUACACAAUGAAGCAUUGCAGCAACAUGAGUGGAAGAAAAAGGACAGACAUAUAUCUCGACCUGUUCAAGGACAAAGUAAUCCUUAGAAUGGCAAAAAAAAAAAAUGUAUAAGCUAUCAUAGGAAAGAAUAUGCAGAGUCAGGUUGAAAUCCUGACUUUGUGUGUUCGCAUCAUGCCUACAGGAAGAAAGUUCUGCGUCUCUUUAUUUGUCUAAAUGUUGAAAGACUGGGGGCUGCAUUUGUGCAAACAAAAAUCUACACUAAAUUACACGUUAGUAUCAUGUCGCUCCUUUUCCCAUUUAGACAAAAAGUGCAGCCAGCCAGAAAGUCUGCCUAAUGUGUCAUACGUGUAUUUCCAAGAGGCCUAGUGUCUUCACAGCUCUCAUUAACGUGUCCCUGGCCUUUCACCAGCUUAGCAAAUCCUGAUUGGGUCUCAUUGUUUUGUCUUCAUUUAUUUGAAUACCCACCCUGUGAUUACGGCUGGGGAAAAUACAGCAUUAAAAGGCAAGCUGCCAUUUUCAUCAGAACGCUAACAAAGUGCAUUUGUAUGCGGUGACUAAACAGAGUCGAGCCAUCAGCACUCACACAAUACCAAUCAGAACAAUCCGUAGAGCCACAGCCCCGAGAAUGACUACAUUAUGGUAUUAAACAUAGCAUUGAAUAUGGGGCUAA